GGCACACGGCAGGAGGAACACAAAAAGCUCCGGGUUCAGCAUGUUAAAACCGCAGCAGCAGCAGCCGCAGCAGCAUCAAGGGGAGCUCCUACUGCGCGACUCCCCGCCGGUGUUUGGUAAGCCGUGGUACUGGCAGCGCAGCACCAGCGCCAUGGAGAGCAGCCGCAGCCUGGCGCAGGUCAUUAUGGAGAUGCGCGACGAAAUCAAGAAGUUGGAGGCAGAGAACCGAGAGCUGCGCGGAGACUAUGGCCAGCGGUCAUUUGGGGCCGUGCCAGGAGAAGGCAACGCGACGACUUCAGCAGCAAAACAGCAGCCGGGAAUGGAAGAAAAUCCCUACGUGAACCUGAGACGAAAUGCGUCUGCGCCAGUCCUGGAGGGACAAUACAGAGAGAACGCUGUCAUGACUGUCCGGAGGUACUCUACGAGCUCAAACCUCUCAGCUGUGGCUAUGAGAGAGGGAAGGAUUGACAGCGGUUGGCAUGGUAACUCCAGGUGGGGAAGACUACAAGAAGAAAUCCACCAUGUGAAUGGUGAAUUGGAUAACUCAGCCAAAGGAGACGUGGGAAAAGUUACCAACCGGCACUCCCUGCAAGAAUACGUUCACAAAAACAGGUCCAAAGUAAAAACUGUCACCUUCCUUCUACCUGUGGAUGAUAUUUACACCAGCCGGCCAGUUUUGACCAAAAACCAGAAGGAGCCUAACACAAUGGACCUGGCUUCCACAUCUGAGACAAAUUCCUGAGAGAGCAUCUCUUAAAGGCUUUGGAUGUGGCAAUGGGACAAAAUGUAGACAGAGACAAGUUAGACUCUUAAUUUAGGUCAGUGUAGACUGGGCUCUUAAUGAGUGAGCAAGUGGACCGAUUUUUAUCACACCUGUCCACACAAACAGAAGACUCUGGUUACAGGUGUUGUUUUCAUCUGGCCAUGGCAAUCCAGGCCCGGUCAAUGACGAUGAGGCACGGGGGCCCCUCUGCAGUGAGGAUCAGAUGUCUGGACUCCUCUCCUAACCCGAGGUGUCGUUUCUGAGCGAUACGCACACCUGCGGGUGACGGGCCUUUUACGGACAGUUGUGGUCACUGACUCAGGCCUUGUGACCAACAUCAGAUUCAUUAUUUAUUCAUCUUUGUUUCUUUUCACUGGGUGAACUGAAGUGGGUAGUCAAGCGGCCACGAGAAUACGUGACCUGUUUCUUGACGGCGUUCCUAAAGAAAGUAUUCUCUCAGUGCAUGCCUUUGCUUUCUUGUAUGAAAGUCUUCUUGAAAUAAUCAAGCAUUGAAAUUUACAGUAAGGCAACUUUAACAGUCAUUUUAAGCUAUUACCUGUGAGAUAUGGAGUGUUAUGGGCUUUUUAAUAAGCUCCUUUCAGUGUUACUAUUAUAUCUCUAUCUGUCACUUUGAAAAUCCAAAAUAAUGCAGUAGUAUUACAUUAACUGUAAGUAUUCAUGGAUGGAUAUAAAGGUACAGAUUGUGUUGUAAAAGCACAUUUUUAUUUUUUGACGUUUGGUGUAUUAGGUUUUUCUCAGUGUGAAACUGAGGAGCCUGCACACUGAGAAAGACAUUAGCCAAAGAGUUUGUACUUGUUACUCGUCUGCAUUAAAAAAAGAAAAGAAAAAAAAGCAAUAAAUACACAGCAAAGUAACUUCAAAAGACCUUUUUUUGGAGUGCAAACCAGUUGGAUGUGCUGCGAAUGUUGCUGGUCUGGUUGGCGAACAUGGCGGGCACACUAAUCGCCGACUACAUAAUAUUCAUUUAUUCAUCCAUCUGUAACCACUUGUCCUUUUAGGGGGUUGUGGUGGGUGCUGGAGUCUGGCCCAGCUGUCAUUGGGUGAGAGGCAGAGGAGGACAAGUCGCCAGUCCAUCAAUAAUAUAUUACACGAGAACAUGUAAUCAGGCAGGGAAAAUGCAGAUGCUGUGCACACCGAUCAGACGCAAAAUUAAAACCACCGACGGGAGGAGCAGCUAAAUAACACUGACCAUCUUGCUACCAUGAAAUGCUCUGCUGGGAAACUUUUGAACCUGGUAAUCGUGUAGAUAUUACUUAGACAUGUACUACCCACCUGGACCAGACCUGUUACUUCCUCCCCCCGGUGACAGCAGCCGUCAUCCCCAGCAGGAUGCAGCUUAACACAUACCAGCAAUAACUCAAAAAACAUGAAA